AUGACAGGUGCACUGGCCCUCGCCAUCCAUGCCCAGGUGGAGAACACUCAGAUGGCCCAGGAGGCCAAAGAGGCUGAGGGUGGAAUCCAAAAGUGGAAGAAAGAGAAGGAGGAGAAAGAGAAAGAGGAAGAGGAGGCAGCAGCGGGGGUGUGGGUGGGUGAGGAGGGUCUGAGGAAGGCCCGGGCCGAGGGCCCCGUGGAGAGCAAGCUGGAGUUGCACCCACUGCUGAACAGGUGGGCUCUGUGGUUCUUCAAGAAUGACUGCAGCAGGGCCUGGCAGGACAACCUGCAUCUGGUCAUCAAGUUUGACACCGUGGAGGACUUCUGGGCGAUGUACAAUAACAUCCAGCUGGCCAGUAAGCUCUCUUCCGGCUAUGACUACGCCCUGUUCAAGGAUGGCAUUGAGCCCAUGUGGGAAGACAGCAGGAAUAGGCGGGGUGGCCGCUGGCUGGUCAGCCUCGCCAAGCAGCAGCGCCACAGUGAGCUGGACCACCUAUGGCUGGAGACGCUGCUGUGUUUGAUCGGGGAGAGCUUUGAGGAGCACAGCCGGGAGGUGUGUGGGGCCGUCAUCAACAUCCGAACCAAGGGGGACAAGAUUGCUGUAUGGACGAGGGAGACAGAGAACCAGGAGGGCGUGCUGCGCAUUGGGCAUGUCUACAAAGAGCGCCUGGGACUCUCCACAAAGACCAUCAUUGGGUACCAGGCCCACGCAGACACGGCUGCCAAGAGCAACUCCCUAGCCAAGAACAAAUUUGUGGUGUGA